AUGCCAGGAGUCGCUAAGCCACAGCUGGUUCCCUUUCCUGACAGCUUGUUCUCCUUGUUCAAAGAGGAGCCCGAACAGAGACUUCGAAGGCUUUUCAAGACAGAACUUUUUUUCUUUUAUGUUUCAGACACAGAUAUUAAGGAGCUAGAGGAUGUUUUUGGACUUAACGGACAAGUAGAGCAUAAGCUGAACUUCCUCAAAAAGAAUGUAUCAAAAGAUAUAAAGCUGGUACUGAUUGCUCAUUCUAUUGGUUGCUACAUCACACUGGAGAUGAUGAAGCGAGCCUCAGAACUUCAGGUUCUUCGCUCCGUGCUGCUGUUCCCAACGAUAGAGCGCAUGGCUCAGUCCCCUCAAGGAAAGCUCAUGACCCCACUGCUGUGCAAACUGCGCUACAUCCUGUACAUGCCCGUCUACCUGCUGUCCUUCCUGCCGGAGGGAGUCAAAGCCUCCUUGGUGCGGUUCGCUCUGCGAGGGAUGAAGACCUGUGAUGAAUCUUCCAUAACAACCUCCGUGAAUCUCUUCAGCGUGGACUGCAUUGUUCCUAUUAAUUUAUGGCAGUUUUAUGAUGACCAAGGAGAAAACAAGCAUGCAGUCGUCUGUGUACGAGGCUUUCAGGCUUCUUCCUUUGAUAAUUUAGUCUCAGAGACAG